UGGAGCCGGACGGAUAAAACGAUUGACUGCUGAUUUCUGACCCAGGUGAUUUCUAAUCAUCAAUCCCAGACUAAACAUCUGAAGGGGAAGUGCGAGGCAAGGGAUUCUGGGUGCUCGGAUCUACAGGGAAUGGUGCUGUUGUUAUGUCUCGCUUUUUCCCCAGAAUUCCAGUACGACUCCAUGGAUCGUCCGCUUCCACUUUUCCAGUCCGUAUGCCGCGCGACGAACCCUGAGGUACAACAAACAAUCCCGACAACGACAGCUGCCGUCCAUCGGAAUCACAGCACCGGGAAUUUUGCGCUCCCGGGACUAUUUUGAGAGUCAAAGAAACUAAGUUUAUUGUCUCUUUUUCUUGACGCAUUCUGACCUGGGUUACAGCGGGAGUCCGAACACCUGCCGUCUCCUGCUCCUCUACGUGGCCCUGGGUGAUCGGACAGGUGGGCGGCCCACUGUGAGCGGGGCACGGCAAAAUGGCUGCCCUCGCCAGCUCGCUGAUCCGACAGCGCAGGGAAGUCAAGGACCCCCAGGCCAACCGGCAGGUCUCCAACAAACGCAAGCCUUGUCCCAAGAGCAACAAGUCGCUCUGCCAGAAACAGAUCCUCAUCCUCAUCUCCAAAGUCCGGCUUUGCAGCAGCCGAGGAAGAAAGCUGGAAAAAAGACCCGAGCCUCAGCUGAAAGGCAUCGUCACUCGUCUGUAUUGUCGGCAUGGCUUCUACCUGCAGAUGUCACCCGAUGGCACCUUGGACGGCACAAAGGACGAAAGCAGCUCCUUCUUGCUGUUCAACUUGAUUCCUGUGGGUCUGAGGAUAGUCGCCAUCCAGAGCACUAAGUCAGGACUCUACAUAGGCAUGAACAGCGAGGGCCACCUCUACACAUCAGAACAUUUCACGCCUGAGUGUAAGUUUAAGGAGUGUGUAUUUGAGAACUAUUAUGUGACAUACUCCUCGAUCUUGUACCGCCAAACCCAGUCGGGUCGGGCCUGGUACAUCGGCAUUAACCGGGACGGACAGGUCAUGAAAGGAAAUCGGGUCAAAAAGACCAAAGGAGCUGCUCACUUCCUGCCCAAGCUCAUAGAGGUUGCCAUGUACAGGGAGCCGUCGCUACAUGAGGUUGCCGAGCAAAGCCCGCCUAGGAAAACAGCCAAAACCUCAGACUCGCCCGUCCAUAAAAACGGCAAGAAAGAAAAAUUGCUUCCCGUCCCCACAGCAUCCUAGCGGCAGGAGAAGAAACGCUCCGUUCGCGCGGACACGCCACGAUCGGCCAACGGGAGGUUUGGUGCAAACAAUGUUUUGUAGUCCCUCCACCGAUCCUCAGAACGUUGACAUUUCCAACAAUGCAUCAGGGCCCAAAAGACCCUGGCCGAUAGGUCUAAUGCCCACCGCACUUCCUUUUCGGUCUCUCCCGCUUCCCCGAACCAAGGGAAUACUGAGCAAUAAUAACCGUAACGGUCUGGGGUCAGAGUGUAACCUGAAAGAAAGGAUCUUCGUCUUCCUCUCCUUUUUUAGUAUUUCAAGAAGAAACACUUCCUCCUUGUGAAGCGAUUCGUGCUUUACAUUUAAACCCUUUCUUUUUCAUUUGUUCAGGCAUUUAUAGAUCCUCCAAAUUUGUUUUUGUUUUUUUUCUUUUCCGAGAUUCCCCUCCAUCUCUAAGCCUUGUUUAUACCCUUCUCUACCUCUUCUGCACUUUGAUUCGCUUGAGACACAGAGGCCGUUUUUCACUUCACAACACAGGAAAAGCCCCGCACACUCUCCACGGGAAAAUGAAGGAUACCGCCCCACACACACACAAACCAAAUAACGAAAUAAAUACAAGUUCCCCUCCUCUAAGGAUGAUGAUGUUCGCCGGCUCCUGCGCUGAUGAGUCUGUGGAGGGCGGAAGUGUGUGUGAGCGUGAAGAGUAAUGCAAUAUCUUUCUAGGAUGACUCAUAUCAGAGGGAAUAGGGUGGCAUUAUUGUUGAUUUUGUUAUGAUAAGUCGUUGUUUUCCUCAUUGCAAUAUGCCCAGAGAGCAAUAUUGGUACAGCUGCACUCGUUCUCCUCCCUUCUUUUUUGUUCAAAGUUGGUUUUGCUGACUACUGAGACCGCAAGUUCAUGUCCCUACAUUCAGUUUUAUUCUAUUACAUUUGCCUGAGAGCAAAGACACUUGAAACAAAAGUCCAAUUCUGCUUUAUUUUCUUCCGAUAACACCGGGGAAUUGGACCCGGAGGAGCUCAUCCUUGCACAGAGCUGUAACGUCAGACCUCCAGUUGUUAAUAAUGUCAGUAUGUAAAUGAAAGUGUGUGUCGAGUGCCAUUAGGGAACCUGGCGACACAUUGCACUUCUUCCUUUGCAAUAAUAGUCCUGAUUGUGUUUUCAUGCGCAUCACCUUCAUUAUAGAAAUAUGAUUUAAUACACU